AUGGAGCCUCACUACGACUACAACUACUACGACCUCACUUACACACACCAGCCACAACAACAGCAAUACGGCCAUGAUUUUAACCAAGUCUACCCUGAAGCAGCACCACCUCCUCUUUCCUACCACGACCAGUCUGCCUACUCGGCGUACGCUGAUCACUAUGAGUACAACCAAACAUCCUCCUCCCACAUGGCCUCUUUUGAGCACCAGCAACAGCUUCAUUUCGGCGGCGCCAUCAACUACAAUGAGUGUGACAUGAACCAGUUCAGCGCCCUCAUGGAAGCCGCCUCCAUCGACUCAACCUCGACUCUACAGGCAGCAAGCGCCAGCUGGGAGGAGCCGAACUAUGGUGGCGAUCCGGCCAUGACACGCCAUCCUACUGCCAUUUCGGCGCCCGCCGUAGAGCCAGCACAUUACGGGAGCGGCAGCGUCGGCGACGGGUCCUACGAACCGUCAUCGUUGAUUGGGGUGCGAAAGCGUCCGUGGGGCAAGUAUGCGGCCGAGAUCCGGGACUCCACACGCAACGGCGCGCGGGUGUGGCUCGGCACAUUCGAUACGCCCCAGGCAGCCGCGCUCGCAUACGACCAGGCUGCCUUCGCCCUGCGCGGCCCGGCCGCCGUGCUCAACUUCCCAUUAAACCGCGUGGAGGAGUCUCUCAGAGGGAUGGGGAUCAGCUGCGCCGAUGCCGCAGCGGGGGAAGUGGACUCGCCUGCUCUGGCUCUCAAGCGGCGCCACUGCAUCAGGAAGAGAAAACCCAAGAACAACGACAUUGGGGCCACGGCGUCGGCGGAGAGGAAACACAAGCUGCAGGCGGCAGAAGCUGCCUCGUCUUCGUGCGUGCUGGAGUUGGAGGACCUGGGAGCUGACUACCUCGAGGAGCUGCUCACUUUAUGCGAUGGUUGA